UUCAGCUGGAUUUGCUCUGGCGAAUGAAUGUUUUUAAAAACUGGUAAUCCAUCGGAUUUUGCUCAACUUAUACCCAAUAUUACCAACAUCUGAGUCACAAUAGCUGCUGGUUUACAAGUUUUGCUUAACUCUAUCAUGUUAGUAAUAAUGGAUAUAUAAACGUUAAGAAAAUCUUCACGGCAGCAAUCAUGGCUUCCAAAAUGGUUGGAGAAAAUCUAUGGGGUUGCUUCAGAUUCACAAGCAGAGAUGGAAGUGGAACCGAGCAACAUGGCUUUGGCUUACUAUCGAUUCAGAAGAAGAAAUUGUUAACAAGUUGGCUGCUGUAAUUGCUCAAGAGAUUGCUUUGGUUUGGGCUGUUAAAGACGACCUUCAAAAGCUUAAAAACACUUUGGAGAUGAUUGGGGCUGUAACUUCGGACGCUGAGGCGCGUCAAGCAAGUGAGGAGUCUAUCAGACUCUGGUUGCGAAAGCUUAAAGAUGCUGCUUAUGAUGCUGAUGAUGUACUAGAUGCCUUCUCAUAUGAAGUCAUGCGGCGGGAUGGAAAGAACAGUCUGUUAUUCAAGGUAAAAGGUUUCUUUUCAUCUUCCAAUCACCUUUAUUUUAAGGCAAGAAUGGCUCAUAGGAUUAAAGAUAUAAAUGGGAAUUUGGAUGGAAUUGCUAAGGAAAAUGAGGCUUUUGGUUUACGUGCUGCUGGUGGUGGUGGUGGUAAGGUUUUUCGUACCCCUACUAGUAUUGUUCGUCAGAGUCGACGAGGCCCAUCCUCUGUAACUGAUUUAGAAACAAUCGUUGGCAGGGAUAAUGAUAAAACAAAAAUAUUAGAUUUAUUGAUCAAAUCACCAACAGCUUCUUCAUCAAACAGUAAUAAUUGUCAACAUCCACAUGAUAAAAUACCUGUCAUACCAAUUGUGGGUAUGGCGGGAUUAGAAAAAACGAAACUGGCUGAAUUAGUCUUCCGUGAUGAAUUAAUCAAGGAAAACUUCGAUCUCAGCAUAUGGGUUUGUGUAACUGAUGAUUUCGACUUGAACAAUGUUUUAAGAGAUAUCUCAGAAUACAUUGAUAACGACAAAUCUGAUAAGGUAGUAAAUGUUGAUGUGAGGGUGAGGCAACUUCGUAAAAAAUUGGAAGGGAAAAAGUAUCUGCUAGUACUCGAUGACUUAUGGAAUGAGGAACAUGACAAAUGGGAAAAACUGAAAAAUUGUUUGAUGGAUGGUUCUGAAGGAAGCAAGAUAUUGGUGACUACACGCAAAAAUCAUGUAGCAAACAUCGUCAAAGGGAACAUUCUGUCACACCAUCUGAAACCUUUAUCAGAUGAUGAGUGCUGGUCAAUCAUUAAGCAAAGAGCAUUUGCCGCUGGUGGACCACCGGAAACCGAAGAUAUGGUGAAGAUAGGAAAGGAUAUAGCGAAAAUAUGUUGCGGUUUACCACUUGCGGCAGAGAUAUUAGGUAAUGUUAUGCGCUUGAGAAAGGAAGAGCGCCAAUGGGUUUCAAUUAGGGACAUUGAAAUUUUGGAACAAGAGGCUAUCUAUAACCAAAAAAUAAGACCAAUAAUUAAGCUGAUUUACAAUCAUUUGUCAUCAAAUUUGGAACAAUGCUUUUCUUACUGUACUCUAUUUCCCAGGGGUUGGGAUAUUGAAAGAGAAGCCUUAAUACAGCUGUGGAUGGCAGAAGGCUUCCUUGUAGCACCUAGCAGAGAAACUCCCUUGGAAGAUAUCGGAAACGAAUAUUUUAACGAUUUGUUGUCUCAUUCGUUAUUCCAAAAUGUAGAAAAGGAUGAGUUUGCUGAAAUUGACAAGUGCAAGAUGCAUGAUCUUGUGUAUUAUCUUUCCCGUACUGUUGUUAGUGAAAAUGAGUACUCAGUAUUGAGACCUGACGAGGAAGCCAAAAUUUCUGCAGCGCGACGCUUGCGUUUAAAGUUUGGAGAAGACAAAGAAAAAGAGUUUCCAGCAGCAGCGAGUAAUGCAGGUAAACUACGAACUUUUGUUGCCACGGAAACUGGAGAUUGUAAGAAUAUCCAGAGCUUAUUUACUAAUAGGAAUUUGCGUGUGUUAUAUCUGAGUGGUUCAUUGAUUCAGAACUUACCUGCAUCCAUUUCAAAAUUGGGACAUCUAAGAUAUCUGAACCUCUCGAGAUGCCAGAAACUUGAUGUAUUACACGAAGGAUCAAUCAAAAGUCUCUAUAAGUUGCAGACGUUGGUAUUACACAAUUGCAGUUCUCUUUCUGAACUUCCUGAAGACCUUGGAUUGAUGAAAAACUUAAGGCACCUUGAUGUAUCAUAUACAGGAAUAAAAGAGUUGCCGAAGUCAGUUACUAAGCUGAGUGAAUUGCAAACUUUGAAUAUCUCUUAUUGCAAAGUUUUUGCAGAAUUGCCCGAAAACAUUGGAGUCUUGAAACAGCUGCGAAGCCUUGAUAUUUCACAUACGGGGGUUAGUAAAUUACCUACCUCUAUCAUUGAUCUCCAUAAAUUGGCAAAGUUGAGACUGCACUCUUGUCCUAAUCUUAAAGUGUUACCAAGAGGAAUUGAAGGACUGGGCUGUUUACUGAAGAUUGACACCUCUGGUACCCAGAUUAAAGAUUAUAUAAGCACGAGACCAAGCAGCGACAGUCCUGUAACCUUUGAGCGGAGAAGGGAGAAAAAACAAAAAUUGAGAUACCCACUUAUCGGCAUCGAAAUGGCUGAAGCGAUUCUUGUUAGUGGAGCCACUGAAAUAUUGAAAGGGUUGACUGCUGUUAUUGCUAAUGAGAUUGCCUUGGUUUGGGCUGUCAAAGACGACCUUGAGAAGCUUAGAAGCACUUUGGAGAUGAUUGCUGCUGUAACAUCGGACGCUGAAAAAUGCCAAGUAACUGAGAAGGCUGUCGGAAUCUGGUUGACAAAGCUUAAAGAUGCUGCUUAUGAUGCUGAUUAUGUGCUAGAUGCCUUCUCAUAUGAAGUCAUGCGCCGGAAGGUAGAGGACAGUCUGUUAUUCAAGGUAAAGGCUUUCUUUACAUCUUCGAAUCACAUUAUUUUUAAGACAAGAAUGGCUCAUAGGAUUAAAGAUAUAAAUGGAAGUUUGGAUUUAAUUGCUAAGGACAAGGUAUUCUUAAGCUUAAAUAAUAAUAAGAGUAGUGGUGGUGGUGGUGGUAGAUUUGGCCGUACCACCACUGCUAUCGUUCGUAGUAAUCGACGAGCCCCAGCCGCUAUAACUGAUUUAGAAAGAAUCAUUGGCAGGGAAAAUGAUAGAAAAAAAUUAGUAGAUUGGUUGAUUGAGUCUUCAUCGAACAAUAGUAAUGGUCAAACUGAACAUGAAAAAAUAUCAGUCAUACCAAUUGUUGGUAUGGCGGGGCUAGGGAAAACAAAACUAGCUGAAUUAGUCUCCCGCGAUGAAUCAGUAAAGAAAUUCUUCGAUCUUGUAAUAUGGAUUUCUGUAUCUGAUGAGUUCGAUUUGAGCAACAUCUUAAUAAAUAUCUUAGAAUCCAUUGAUAGCACUAAGUAUGAUAAUGGUUCAAAUCUUGAUGUAAGGGUGAGGCAUCUUCAAGAUAAGUUGAAAGGGAAAAAGUAUUUGCUAGUACUAGAUGACUUGUGGUUUGAGGAGUAUGAGAAAUGGGAAAAACUGAUAAAUUGUCUGCGGAAUGGUGCUGAUGGAAGUAAGAUACUGAUUACUACACGUAAAAAUCAUGUGGCAGAUAUCGUCAAAGGUAACAUCCCGUCGCACCAGUUGGAACCUUUAACAGUAGAUCAGUGUUGGUCAAUCAUUGAGCAAAGAGCAUUUUCUCCUGGUGGAGCACAGAGAACCACAGGGAUGGUGAAGAUUGGAAAGGAAAUAGCGAAAAAAUGUUGCGGUUUACCACUUGCGGCGGAAAUAUUAGGAAAUAUGAUGCACAUGAAAAAGAGAGAUGAGGAGUGGAAUUUAAUCUGGGACAUGGAAAUUAUGGAAAAUGAGGAUUUCUACAACAAAAUAGGACCAAUAAUAAAGCUGAGCUACAAUCAUUUGUCAUCAAAUUUGAAACAAUGCUUUUCUUACUGUUCUCUGUUCCCCAGGGGUUGGGAGAUUGAUAGAGAAGCCUUAAUCCAACUAUGGAUGGCAGAGGGCUUUCUUGUUGCAUCUGGGAAUGCUGGUAGAGAAACCAUGGAAGAUAUUGGAAACAAAUAUUUUAACGAUUUGCUGUCUCAUUCGUUAUUCCAAAAUUUAGAAAAGGAUGAGUUUGCUGAAAUUAGUAAGUGCAAGAUGCAUGAUCUUGUGUAUUAUCUUUCCCGUAGUGUUGUUAACGAUAAAGAAUACUCAGUAUUGAGACCUGAUGACGAAGCCAGAAUAUCUGCAGCGCGGCGUUUGCGUUUAGUUUUUGAAGAAGAUAAGAAAAAAGAGUUUCCUGCAGUUGGAAGUAAUGCAAGCAAGUUACGAACAUUCGUUGCCACGGAAGUAGGUGACUGUAACAAUAUCCAGAGCUUGUUUAAUAAUAGGAAUUUACGUGUGUUAUAUCUGAGUGGUUCAGCGAUUCAGAGGUUACCUGCUUCCAUUUCAAAAUUGAGACAUCUAAGAUAUCUCAACCUCUCAAGAUGUCAGAAACUUGAUGCAUUACAUGAUGGAUUGAUCAAUAGUCUCUAUAAACUGCAGACGUUGAUAUUACAUGAUUGCUGUUCUCUUUCUGAACUUCCUGAAGACCUUGGAUUGAUGAAAAACUUGAGGCACCUUGAUGUUUCGUAUACAGGAAUAGCAAAGUUUCCUCAGUCAGUUACUGAGCUUUGCGACUUGCAAACUUUGGAUGUCUCUCAUUGCAAAAAAUUUACAGAAUUGCCUGAAAACAUUGGCGCCUGGAAGCAGCUGCGAAGCCUUAAUAUUUCACAUACAGAGGUUAGUAAAUUACCUGUCUCUAUCACUGAUCUCUUUAAAUUGGAGAAGUUGAGACUGUAUUCUUGUCCCAAUCUUACUGCGUUACCGAGAGGAAUGGAGGGAUUGAGCCAUUUACGGAAGAUCAACACCUCUGGCACACAGAUCAAAGAAUAGGCAGAGUCUCUUUCUUGAAGCAUCGGUACUUAAAGCACACGAGGGGAAAGUCAAAAAUUUCCAAGGCAAUCUAUAUUCCAGUUUUCAGUUUCCUUCUUUUGUACUUUCUUUUUUCUUUUCUUGUCUCUAUGCUUGUUUCUUUGAUAGUUUUUUGUUCUUUGUUUCCUUUCCUCUUUUCCAGAAAUAAAAUGUAUGUGUCAUUGUUUCUUUUAAUGAGUGAGGCUGUACAAUUCCUGUUUCAAGUUGAUUCACAAGUCCCUGGAAACAGGGUUUUUU